AGGGGCCAGGGUUAUGUUUGUGAUUGCACACACUGACUUCCUACUUGGCUACGCAGUUUAAAUCCUUUAAAGCUAAAAGCUAAAUGCAGUAGGCUUAUAUCUGUUGAAGUCGGUUCUCAGACAGACAUUCACUCUAUUGGCAGUUCUGUCUUAUCCGGUUUAGAUAUAGAAUAGCCCCUUCAAAUUUCAAGGAUUGGGCGCUCGAUCAUUAGCCUAGCCUUCCGGCGUAUUCCCGUGAAGAGUAAAUUUGACUCAGCUGAGCACCUCGUCACCCUGCGCUACUCUGCCCUGCCCAGCGUGACACUUUCUUGUCGCAUUUCUUACAGGAAACAUCCGUAACUGUUAGAUCCGAUAAUGGAAUUCUUCAUCAUAGCUCUCCUGUCUCUAUCUGCCACUUUUCUGGCUGUAGUUGGGGUCACCCCAGCUGUCACUCAAUCAGUGACCUCUCCUGUUCCUCCAUGCCAUGACUGGGGGGAGUCAAGAGAAGGAGCAAGGCAAGUCCUGGAAGGAGAGGCCGGUUGGCUGGACUGCCCUCUCUUCUCUCAUCCCACCAUCUAUAACUAUAGUUCAGCCGUGGCAGCAGGUCUUAACCUGGUGUGGUACCACAUGGCUGCAGGGCAGGAUCUGGAGCAGCCGUUAGACUUCCACCAGCCUGACCACAGGCUGAGCAAGGAGAGAGACAGGCUGUGGUUGCUGCCCGUCAUCACUCAGGAUACCGGCCAGUACCUCUGCAUGCUACGAAACAAGACAUCUUGUGCUAAAAUUGCUGUGCGUCUUGAGGUGAAACCCCGUUCUCAGAACCCUGAGUGUGAGGUGACCUCUGCCGUGUCCCCUCAGCAAGCCAUCAUCCCGAUACAGGAGGGGAAGACCCUUAGCUGCCCAGACGAGCCCAGCACCAAACACUCAGUCCUCUGGUUCCACGUAUCUCUACUCCCCUCUCAGAAGUGUAAGAUCAAUCCUUUAUGGGGUAGCGAUCGUGAGGUCCAGGAUAACAAACUGGUGGUGCACAACAUGCUAGAGCUGUACCAGGGACCUUACUACUGUGUAGUGACCUUUGAGAGCAAAGGAAAAAACAUGAACUUCACCAGGAUGAUCAACGUUACUGCAGUGUCUCCCUCUGGUUUACCCAAAGAGCCUAUGAUACUCAACCCUGACAAGAAGCAAGUCUUUCCAGUUAAACUGGGCUCGGAUGUAUAUCUCAAGUGCAAAGUGAAGUUUCCCUACUUAGAGGGGUCCAAGGACAUGUGGUGGACCAUCGAUGGGAAGGCUGUGGAUAACCUAGACCCACGCAUCACCUCCAAAUCAGAGGAGGUGUCUAAUUAUUUCGGCGAUGUGGAUAUGGAGAAUGUACUACAUAUCAGAGAUUUCAACUCUGAGGACCUGACCAGAGAAUACAACUGCUCUGCUCGCAACCAGAGAGGCUUCUCAACUUGUAGAGCAGUGCUAGAGGAGGAGGUGUACCUGCCGUACGUGGAGUUGGGUUGUGGUCUGGGCGUUACCCUGUUAGUCAUGCUGGGUCUGUUCGUGGUCUAUCAAGUGUUCUGGCUGGAACUGCUGCUUCUCUACCGCUCCUGGUUUGGCACGGACGAACGUUUCACAGACGAUAAGGAAUACGACAUCUACAUCUCAUACGCCAGAAACAGCGAGGAGGAACAUUUUGUCCUCAUGACCUUGCGCCGGGUCCUGGAGAACGAACUGGGAUACUCAGUCUGCAUCUUUGACAGGGACAGCCUUCCUGGAGGGACCAUCACAGAUGAGACGCUGAAUUUUGUGGGCCGCAGUCGGCGUCUCCUUGUGGUUCUGAGUCCAGGCUACGGGCUGCAGGGAACCCAGCCCCUGCUGGAGCUAAAGGCUGGGUUGGACAGCAUGGCCUGGGGGGGCCAGCUACGGGUCAUCCUGCUGCAGUACAAGCCUCUAAACCGGGACUCCUGGGUUCGAGAGCUGAGGCGGGCACGGUUGGCCUUGGUGCUUGUUCGCUGGCAGGGGGACAAGUCUGUCAGUCUGUCUUCCAGGUUCUGGAAGCGUCUUCGUUUAGAGCUGCCGGUCAGGAGAAUGAAAAGCAUCCAUCCUUGUGAAGGCGUUGCCGUGCCUCUCACAGACAAGCCGCAGCACAAACAGAGAGAACAUGAUGGCGUAGAUUACACGUGAAACUAACACGGGAUGAUCUU